GGGUGCUCUCGUCCAUUUGGAGGGGCGUUGGGUUUCCUUGAGGACCUUAGAGGAGUUUGGAACAGUCAGGGGUCUCAGAUCAGCACAAGACACAUCCAACCAUGUCGGACGCGGUGAUUAGUUUCAUGAAGGACUUUUUGGCAGGUGGUGUUGCCGCUGCCAUCUCCAAAACAGCAGUCGCUCCCAUUGAGAGAGUCAAGUUGUUGCUGCAGGUCCAGCAUGCCAGCAAACAGAUCACCGCAGAGAUGCAGUACAAGGGAAUCAUAGACUGUGUGGUAAGAAUCCCAAAGGAACAAGGUUUCAUCUCCUUCUGGAGAGGCAACUUGGCCAACGUGAUCCGUUACUUCCCCACCCAAGCCCUCAACUUCGCCUUCAAAGACAAGUACAAGAAGAUCUUCCUCGGUGGUGUGGAUCAAAAAACACAAUUCUGGCGUUACUUCGCUGGUAAUCUAGCAUCUGGAGGUGCCGCUGGUGCGACCUCACUCUGCUUCGUCUAUCCUCUUGACUUCGCCAGAACCAGACUCGCUGCCGACAUCGGCAAAGGCGCAUCUGAGAGAGAGUUCACCGGUCUUGGAAACUGCCUCACCAAGAUCUUCAAAACCGAUGGCCUCAGAGGUCUUUACCUUGGAUUCAACGUGUCAGUGCAGGGUAUUAUCAUCUACAGAGCCGCCUACUUCGGAUGCUUCGACACAGCUAAAGGUAUGCUGCCAGACCCCAAGAAUACGCACAUCGUCGUCAGCUGGAUGAUCGCCCAGACUGUCACCGCCGCAGCCGGUAUCGUCUCAUACCCCUUCGACACUGUCAGACGUCGUAUGAUGAUGCAGUCUGGACGUAAAGGAGCUGACAUUAUGUACAAGGGCACAAUCGACUGCUGGAGGAAGAUCUUAAAGGAUGAGGGAGGAAAAGCCUUCUUCAAGGGUGCCUGGUCCAACGUGAUCAGAGGCAUGGGUGGUGCCUUUGUGUUGGUGCUGUAUGACGAGAUCAAGAAGUUCACAUAAAAACUCUCUCAUCUCUUAGUCCCCAAGGAAACCCUUCACUUUGUUUAAGUCUUAAUUCUUGUGAUAGAGUGUUAACAGCUUGUGGUGAAUUACAUUGUGGGCAUGUACCCUUCUGCGACGGCCCGGGACGGGUAGGUAUAAGUGACCUGGGUUACCAUCCCUCCUCAGAAAUCUGUAUAUAUCCCAUCUACGACGUGUCAAAAGGCACAAACAGUCUUUGAGUGUGACAAAGUCAAGCCGGUGUUUCAGUGGAGCUCUUGUGAUGAUGAUGAUGCAAAGGAGUGAUGUCACCACCCUGUCAUAUAAGCAGUUGCUGAGGCCCAUGUGUUGUUAUGUCGUGACCAUUCUGACCCGUGUGUCCCACCUCACAUGUUAUUUUAUUAAGAAUAAAGAUUUAUUAGUCUAAUA